ACAAUAUUUCAGGGUCCUAAUAGUUAAUUUUGAAAGUAUAUGGUAAAAAUAUAUAAUUUAUUGGAAGUUAUGGGUUUAGUAGUAUAUAAUCGUAAAUAGUGGCAGAAGAAAAAGAUCUUACGGCUGAUCGAUCACCGGAGAAGGAGAGGAAGAUGUUAGCUUACAGGACUCUGUUUAGGAUUGAUCGUGUGUUUGGGGUUACGAGUAGAUGUUUUCUAUCGAAAACGGAAUCUUUUAGUAUCUUGAGCUUUAGGGGAAGUGAGAACAGUGCCAUGGAUGGAUUCAAGAAGCAGAAGAUGGUAAAUUUAAUGUGGAGACCAAUUUCCACUCAAUCCUCUUCAAUUCUUACAGAAGCUGGAAAUGAAGUCCAAGAAGUAGCUCAGUGUAGCAAAUCAAGUGAUGUUUCUGAGGAAGUUAUUAAAGGAGGAGUGAAUGAGACGGCCUCAGUUGUUUCAGCUGGAAAGCAUUCCGUUUCUCUUGAGGUUGGGGCUUCUUUGAUUAAGUUCAUUAGAGGGAAAGAAGGAACUACGCAGAUGAAACUUGAAGAGGAAAUGGGAGUGAAGAUCAUUCUUCCAUCAUCAAGGAACGAAGAUCAUAUCAGCAUUGAAGGUGGUUCAGUGGAAUGUGUAACUAAAGCUUCAGAAAGAAUAGCGACCAUUAUCGAUGAGGUUGUAAGGAGUCCGAGUCUCGACUACUCACACUUUGUAUCACUUCCAUUAGCCAUACACCCUGAGUUAGUGGACAAGCUAGUGAAUUUUCAGAACUCUAUUCUCGGAAACCAUAGCAUAGCUAGGGAUAAGCAAGACGACCAAGCUAAUAGAGAAACCACAAGUGUGGCAGUUGAUCUAAAAGCUAAUAGUGAAACAAACAAGGUCAAUGUGGAUAUCAAGAGUAUACCAAUUGUCAGUUACCCGCCUAAGGCCAAAUCAAAGUCAUCUACUUUAUUGGACUUGGGAAUUGAAAAGUCCAUCUUUAUUAAGCCAAGUACUUUCCACUUGACUGUGGUUAUGCUUAAGUUAUGGAACAAAGAUCGUGUCAAUGCAGCGGGUGAUGUUCUGAAGAGUAUAUCUCCUAGUGUGAUGGAUGCUUUGGAUAAGAAACCAGUAUUCAUUAGACUUAAGGGCUUGGAUUGUAUGAGAGGACCAUUAGCCAAGACUCGUGUGCUCUAUGCUCCUGUUGAAGAAAUUGGUGAUGAAGGCCGGCUUUUACGUGCUUGUCAAGUUAUUACUGAUGCAUUUGUGAAAGCUGGGCUUGUUCUCGAGAAAGAUGCAAAGCAAAGCUUGAAGCUGCAUGUGACCGUGAUGAAUGCUAGGCACAGGAAAAGGAGAAAGAACAAUAAGAAGAAGAUGGAGACGUUUGAUGCAAGAGAGAUACACAAACAGUUUGGAAACGAAGACUGGGGAGAAUAUCUGAUCCGAGAAGCUCAUCUCUCACAGCGUUUUGUGUUCGACCAGAACGGUUAUUACCGUUGCUGUGCUUCCAUACCAUUUCCAGGAGAACACACAGCCUGAGAAGAAUCAUCUAACCACCGGUCACAGUCUCAAAUCUCAAGCUUCUUCAUUGGUUUUGGUCUCAUAGUAUGAGUACCUUCAACUUUGAGAAGAGAACCAAAUAAAAUUGCAAUGUUGUACCGGUUAUGACCGUCAUCUUGUGUUAACCAAAUAAUUGUCUUCGGUUUGGUUUUUUCUUGGUCUUUGUUCAAUAAACCGAGCGAAAAACGUUCUUGUACUCGUUUUACAGAGGAAUAAAAAGGUUCUUAGCAAAAUACAUUACAUUGAA